UUGUGGGCGAAAGUGAGCUGAAACUGUGACAUGCCCCGUGAUUGCGUUAUGAUAUAAAUUAAUUUUCCCGCCGGAGCAGUAUUUUCCAACAGUGACCUUAGCCUACAGCCAGACUUUACUUUGCAAAGCCGAGAUGUGUGAGUGUUAGCUUUUGGCUAACUAGCAAAUUACUUUUGUCUAGGUAAUGUUGCAGUGCAUGUGUCUUCAUGGAAAAGGUACGGAGAAUCUUAGUUCACCUGUCUAAGGAUAAAGGUGUGCCGCAGUGCGCCCGCUUCGUGCAGAGCAUCACCGGGCACUUUGCGGGCAGCUGUCCUGAGGAUGACCAUGUGAAAGUGAGCUGUUCCCUUGAGAAUAAUCGCUUUAUUAUCGAAAAUGGAAACUUGACGCAACUUAGGAGGGCGCAAUUCUGUCCAUUCAAAUAUCUGACAGAAACUGAGGCAGGUUCUCUCCCGGAUGAAAUAUUAAACCGUGGAGUGGACGUUGGUGUCGCCAUCCUCUUACAGUCAUCAGAUCAGAAGGUGCUGUUGACGCGACGGGCUGCUAGUCUCAGAAUUUUCCCAAGCGUCUGGGUUCCACCAGAUUAUUGUUUUUCAGGUGGUCACGUUGAACUAGAUGAAACAUUACUGGAUGCUGGACUGAGAGAAUUGAAAGAAGAGACAGGACUAGAGCUGGACCCUAAUGAUGUUGCAUCCCAGUUGCUUGGUCUGUGGGAGUCGGUAUACCCACCCAUGUUGUCAAGAGGACCUCCCAAGAGGCAUCACAUAGUCACCUACAUGCUUCUGCACUGUUCACUUUCUCACCUGCAGCUUCAGGCAUCCCUGAAACCAGAGCCUGCAGAAGUGAGUGGUUGCUUAUGGGUGGAUACCAACCUGGUCAAAGCCAUAGUCGCCGCAGUGGAUGGCGAGGAGGAGGACCCUGGCCCUAUACCCACUAACACGGCCCAGUCUGUUAGUGUCAUGGAGGUCUCCCCCACCGGUGAACUGAGUGAGUCUGCCAUGCCUGCGUCUGUGCUCUGCAACCGGGCCCCAGCCCAUGGUGAGGAUGUGGAGCGUGUCAGCACUGGAACAAAGUUUGCCUUAGAGCUGUGGCUGAAGACCUUAGAGUCCCAGGGCUGAACACCACUGAGACUAGGGGCCUUUCUCAUUCGUCUUUUUAUCUAUCCUCCUUUCCUUCCUUCCUUCCUCAGUGAGGACGAGGACCGAGGAAGGAAGGGAGGAUAGAUAAAAAAGAUGAAUGAGCAGGGCCCAAGGUGCUGAUGCGUCUCCUCUUAAAACGACAGUCAAGUCGAAGUGUUUUUGAAAUGCCAGGGGUGAUUUUUGUGAAUACACAAUCAAGGUGUACUGGAGUGUUUUCUCUGAUGAGAGAUGAAAAAAAAACAUGCUGCCUUUGAUAUACUACAAACAAAAUACAUAUCUUCUCUGUUAUUCUCAGAAAAUCCUUGUCUUUUCUAGCCACAUGGUGGCAGCAUCAACAUAGUUACCAAGCUGUCUACAACACCUCUAUAAAAAUAAAGACCUCAACAUUAAAAACAUGGCUUGG